CCUCUGGUCAGACAGGUGAAGAAGACCCGGAUAAGCAGGGAUGACUUUGACAUCUUGAAGGUGAUCGGCCGAGGAACCUUCAGCGAGGUGGCUCUGGCCCGCAUGCGUAACACACAGCAGGUUUACGCGCUGAAGAUCAUGAACAAGUGGAACAUACUGAAGCGUGGCGAGACGGCGUGUUAUCAGGAGGAGCAGGAGGUUCUGCUGAAAGGAGACCGGCGCUGGAUCACUGAACUACAUUACGCUUUCCAGGACGACAAUCACCUCUAUCUGGUCAUGGAUUACUAUGUCGGUGGAGAUCUACUGACGUUGCUGAGUAAGUUUGGUGAUCGUAUCCCGGAGGACAUGGCUCAGUUCUACCUGGCUGAGAUGGUGAUGGCCAUCGAUUCAGUCCACAGACUCGGUUAUGUGCACAGAGACAUUAAGCCUGACAACAUCUUGCUGACAGCAGAUGGUCACACACGAUUGGGUGAUUUUGGCUCCUGUCUGCGUCUGGAGGAUGACGGACUGAUCCACUCGUCGUUGGCCGUCGGGACUCCAGACUAUCUGUCUCCAGAGAUCCUGCGGGCGGUGGAGGGCGGCGGAGGCUACGGCUCUGAGUGUGAUUGGUGGGCUCUGGGCAUCUGUGCGUACGAGAUGCUGCUGGGAACCACACCCUUCUACGCCGAGUCCAUCUCUGAGACCUACGCUAAAAUAAUACACUUCAAGGAUUAUUUUGAGUUUCCUCCGGGGUCUGAGGUGUCCGAGGAGGCGCGUUCACUCAUCAGCGCUCUGAUCUGUGAUAGGAGCGAGAGGUUGGGUUCACGGGGCUCCGGAGACUUCAGAAAACACCCGUUCUUCACGGGUUUGGACUGGAGUUCUCUUCAUCUCCUCCCUCCUCCAUACCGUCCUGACGUCUCCGACGCCACAGACACCUCCAACUUUGACGUGCUAGACGACUGUCUGAGCCACACGGAGACCCUGAGUGGCGUGAUGGAGCGAGCGCCGGUCGGGCUUCAUCUGGCAUUUGUGGGCUACUCUUACACAGCCACCAGAGAGACGGGAGCGCUGGAUCGCAGCAGGGACAUCAUGAUGGAGAUCAACCAGCAGCAGGACAGAGAUCAGCUACAGCUGCAGGGAAAACUGCAGCAGUCUGAAUCAGACGUCAGUGUGAAUGUGCUCCAGAAUCAGGUGUGGCGGCUCAGAGAAUCCAUCACUGCUGAGCUGACAGCACUUCCUGAACUUCCUGCGGAGCACAACACACUCCAGCCAAUCAGCAGCAACGCAGAGACGGAACAGAGCGAUGCACACGCUUAUGAGCUGCAGAGUUUGCUUAUAGUUCAUCAUUUGAUGCUAGAAAAAUGGGUUGUGGUGUCAUGA